GCACGGAGACUAGAGCGAGCGUACGCGCCAGGUCCUGACUACGGAGCGCGCACGCUGCGGUGGAUUUGAAGGAAAGGCGCGGGAGAAGGAGAAAAAAAAGAAGGGACGGGCUUAGGCGGUGGAAACCGGGAUGUCAGGGCGCAGCGGUGACGGGGCUAUGUCGGCCGAGGCAUUCAAGACCCCUCUGAAGGGGGGCCGGAGGAAGUCUUCGGAUGUGUCUACUCCAUCACCAACGUUCGCCAUCCCAGCUUCACCGUUCAUGCAGAAGUUUGGUUAUGGAACCGGGGUCAGCGUUUACCUGAUGAAAAGGUCUCCGAAGGGCUUGUCUCAGUCCCCGUGGGCUGUGAAGAAGAUCAGUAAGCAGUGUGACAAAUCCAGCAAGAACCUUUAUGAGGAGAGGUUGAAUGUGGAGGCCAAGAUCCUAAAGGAUUUGCAGCACCCUAAUAUUGUUGGUUAUCGAGCCUUCACCAAAUCUAAAGAUGGCAGUAUGUGUCUUGCAAUGGAAUUCGGUGGGGAUAAAUCUUUGAAUGACCUCAUAGAAUCCAGGAAUGAGGAUGGACUGGGCCCGUUCCCUGCUGACGUUAUUCUGAAAGUAGCUUUACAUAUGGCCAGAGGCCUGAAGUAUCUACACAAUGAGAAGAAGAUCCUCCAUGGUGAUAUGAAAUCCUCUAACGUUGUCAUCAAAGAUGACUUUGUGACGAUUAAGCUGUGUGACGUUGGGGUGUCUCUGCAUCUGGAUGAAAACAUGACUGUGAAUGAUCCAAAGGCCCAAUACAUUGGCACAGAGUCCUGGAAAGCAAAGGAAACUUUGGAGGAAGGCGUCAUCACUGAUAAGGCUGAUAUAUACGCAUUUGGCCUCACCUUGUGGGAGAUGAUGGUUCUGUCCAUACCGCAUCUCAACCUGCCAGAGGAAAAUGAUGAUGAAGAGGACUCCUUCACGGAGGAAGACUUCGAUGAGGACGCUUAUUACGAAGCUUUGGGCACGAGACCGGCACUUAACAUGGACAAGCUGGAUGAGUCCUACCAGAAGGUGAUUGAAUUGUUCUACGUGUGCACCAGCGAGAAUCCCAAGGAACGGCCUUCUGCAACUCAAAUUGUGCAGGCCUUGGAAGCGGAGGGUGUCGAGUAAUUUAAAAUGCUGUUUAAAUUGUUUUAAUGGUUUUUAACUACGAGAAGGCAGCUUUUUUUUUGCUGUAAAGUCUUCUAGAACAGUAGUAUAGAGUGAUGGUGAGCUCUGUUUUCAGCAGAGGUGUUAAUGCUGUCAUAUGAGGCUCGAAGUAAACACAACAGUUCACUGGUCAUGUCCCACAUAGCCGGUCCCUGACAUGUUUGUCUGUCCAAUGUGAAAUCAUUGCUGGCACUGAGGCACACAAACCUACCUCUAGCCAAUGAUGGUGCCACCAUUUGUAGUCUUCCUGAAGACACUUCUGCUGUCCCCAUGCAUCAUGGUUAGAUCCUAUAAUGUGCAUGCCCAGCCAAGCUUUUAUUUUGGAAUAACUGUGACAACAGGGUAUUACAAGGGUGUGUUGGUACUAAAGGUAGGGUUUGAUGUGUACAAAACCUAAACGUGAUACAAGGUGCACUUUCAUAUGAGGGAAAGUUUAAAUGGCCCCUUUUGCAGUUCCCUACACAUAACUGCAGCUAACAGCCCUCCAGUACCUAUUGACUUGUGUAAGCUGUCCUAAGGUCCCACCGGGCUGCUGCUUUCUACAUACUUCUGGAUUUCAGUCAUGGUUGGGGCUUCUUUGUAAAAUCUGAGACAUUGAUUGGCUGCUCAUACCAAGGAAGAUACUUUUUGGGCCUUUGCAUAGCAUAGAACCUGUCGUCGUCCCCCGCCCUACUGGAAGUAUUAACAAAGAAAAGCUGGAGGGAGUCUGCUUGUGGGCUAGGUCUUCAGUAGGCUACAACCGGUGUUUCGUCAAAUUGGGCGACCCGUCAAAGUGUAACGGAAGUGACGUUUCAUCGCCGCCAUCUUGUUACACCCCACACUCCUCCACAGUAAGGAUACAGUGAGGAGG